AUGAAGACUUCCUUUGUUCUAGCAACGGCCGUUGGCCUUGCGUCCGCCUUCCCAGGCAUGGCCGGCAUCAACAUGAAGGAGGAGGGCAUGAAGAUGCUCAAGGAGAGGCACGAUGCCGAGCAGCAGGAGAAGCGACAGCUCGGCGACGUCCUCGACGGCGUGGGCGAUCUCGUUGGCGGUCUGCUCGACGACGUCAAAGGUCUGCUUGGGUCCGUUGCAUCCGCCGUCGACCCGGACAACAAGCGUCCUGAGCCGGGAUAUGAGUUCCAGGCCCCAAAGAAGGGCGACUCCCGUGGCCCCUGCCCGGCGUUGAACACGCUUGCCAACCACGGUUACCUGCCUCGCGAUGGAUACGUCAGCUUCGACCAGAUCCUUGAGGCCACAGCCCGCGGCUUCAACAUGGGCGCCGACCUUGCCACGGUCCUCGGUGUCUUUACGACCCUCACCGACGCAAACAUCACGGAGCAAAGCUGGUAUCUGGGUUCUUCGCCGGAACACCUCGGUGGCCUGAACCGCCACGAUACCGUGGAAGCUGACAUUUCCCCGAACCGCGAGGACUACUACCUCGGCUGCGGCGACAACCACCACCUGUCGUCGCGCCUCUUCAAACAGAACGUCGCGCUCGCCGCUCAGAACCCCAGCAAGGAGUUCGACUUCGAGACCAUGGGCAACCAAUUCGCCAUGAACGCCGACUUCAGCCUGAAGAACAACCCUUUCAUCUAUUACUUCCCCUUCCCAUCCAUCGUCAGCGUCGUCGCUUACAACUUCUACCCCCAAUUCUUCUCCAAUGGCACCUUCGGCGCCGGCGGCGUCGCCAACUACGAGUCCAUCUCCUCCAUCCUCGGCGCCAAGCUGAACAAGAAGACCGGCGAAUUCCAAUACGUGCCUGAAAGGUUCCCGGACAACUGGUACCGCCGCGCCACCCCCUACGGCGCCGUCCAGGCCCUCACCGAGGGCUUCACCGGCAUUUACCCCUAUAACCCGGUCCCCAUGCCGAUCCCCCAAAUCGGCACCGACAACUUCUCCCCGCAAACCCUGCUCUGCGACAUCUACAACGGCAUCAACUCCAUCACCCCGCUCGCGCUCGGCGGCGCCCUCGAACAGACGGGCGACACCAUCUCCUGGGCCGUGCAGAAGCUGAUCGACGUCGGUCUCGACGCCACCACGCUCGGCUGCCCGAAGAACAGCAUCAGCCCCAACUUCAAGCUGUACCCGAACAAGAAGCAGAAGGGCGGGCCGUUGCGGUUGCCCCGGUCGCAGUACAGGUGGACGGGGAGUAACAAGUACAACCGGGUGUACUUUACGGAGGCGCCGACGCAGCCGAUGUGUAAGCAUGUGUCGAAGCCGUAA